GCCCAGCCCGCAGAGCGGGAGCACGCGCCGGCGCGCCCGCCCCGCGGCGCGGCCGCCGCGCCCGCCCCGCGGCAGCGGCCGCCGGAGCCCGGGCAGCCGCAGGGGCAGCCGGCCGAACAGGGCGCGGGGCGCGGGCCAGGCCCGGCGGCGAGCCACAUCUCCGCGGACGAGUGGGCCCGACGGGCGUCAGCUCAACGACUCGCUCGUCGAUUUCUUCCUGGGAGUCCUGGUCCACAGGUCGGGAGGGGGCCGCCGCCCAGCAGUCUGUGCAGCGGCCUGCAAAGUCCCGCCGCCGUGUCAGCACACCACCCUUGGCGGCGACCGGCGGGCAGCCCCUAGGUUCGGCGCCGGGCGCGUCCACCUGUUCGGGUCGCACUUCUACUCCCGCCUCACGUCGUUCGGCGCCCGGAGCGGCGAGGAGGGCUGGGAGAACGUCAGCAGGUGGACUCGGAGCGCGAGGCGGGCCGACCAGAGGGGCAUCUUCUCCAAGGACUACCUGCUGCUUCCAAUCAACGUCAACGCCGCCCACUGGGUGCUGGCCGUCGUGUGCCACCCGUGGGCGGGCGCCAGCCGCGAGCCUGGGGGGCCCCUGGUCGCCGUCCUGGACUCACUGGGGGCCUGUGACGAGGUGCGGGAGGAGGUGGUCCGCUUCCUCGGCGGCUACCUUGCGCGGGAGUGGGGCGAGCUGGGCGGCGAUGACGACUUCGACAGGGGCAGCGUGAUCGGGUGCGCCGUGCAGGUCCCCGAGCAAGACAACGACACCGACUGCGGCAUCUACGUGCUGGAGUUUGCGCUGCGCUUGCUCGCGUGCGCGGGCGCGCUCGAACAGCUCGCCCGCGGCGCCGCGGCAGUCCGCGCCCAUCAGGGAAGCGGACUGGCCAUGCGGCUCAAGGUGCCCGCGGUGCCGCGGCGACGCUGGCGUGUGGCGGCCAGCCUCCUACAGAGCGCCGCGCCGGGCGCGGACGACAGCGUGCUGGACCUGCUCGUGCGGCAGUGGGGGGAGGACGUGUGCGGGGCCACCUCCUGCCAGCAGCCUCGCGCCAGCGCUGGAGCCUCCACGGACACGUCGUAGGCGCAGAGGUGCGCGGGCGCGGUCUUCGUCGAAGCGUGCUGGGCUGCCCUUGGCGCGCUCUCGCCCGCUCUGGCCGCGGAGCCAGACGUUGGGGUCUCCAGGAGCCCUUGACCUCCGACGCCGCGAGUUUUCGUGCCCGGCCCUCCGCAAGGGGGGCGCCCCGGAGGCCGAGAUCGAGGAGCCGCCGCCAGCACUGGAGAGACGACGGCGCCAGAGGGGGUCUGUUCCUCGCCGGGGUGGGCCCGCCGGAAUCGCAGGGACCGCCGCCUGCGCGGAGCGUCGGCUUGGGGGAGCGCUGCGCGCGCGGGGGGGGGCCCGGCAUGGGAGGCUCGGGCCCUCGCGCCCCGCCCGCGCAGCCGCCACGCUCCGGGGCUCUCGCGCGCGUGCCGCUCCGAGGCCGGCCGGCGCCAGAGGCCGUCUUCUUUCUCCUCCUCUUCUCCUCCUCCUCCUGCCUUCUCCUCCUCCUCCUCGUCCUCCUCCUCAUCAUCAGUGCAACUCUGGCAC